GAAACCACGGCCAGAGGCUGGUAUCGCCACCUACAGAAAGCUGCUAUGAUGCAUUCGAAUGUCGAGACCGUGCCAUAUGAAGCAGGACGCAUUGUCAAAACCGAUGUCGAGAUUGAUCUAAGCGCCUUGGGGGGCAAGUCAGUAGUGAUUACUGGAGCCGCAAGAGGUCUGGGCAGGGCUUAUGCCGAAGCGUUUGCCGCAGCUGGUGCUUUCGUGACGAUCGGGGAUAUCGACAUCGAGGCAGCCAACGAUCUCGUCGCAAAGCUGGAUGGUGAAGCCAUCGCCGUACGAUGUGAUGUCCGAGAAUGGAAGGACCAGCUGGAUCUUUUCGAAAAUGCUAUCCAUUCAUCUACCAGCAGGUCUAUCGACAUUGUAAUUGCCAAUGCAGGGCUCGGAGGCGCAGGAGAUCCAAUGAUGGUCGAGCAAGAUCCUGACGAGCUUCCCUCAGAACCAGCUCUGGCGACCACUGAUGUGAAUCUCAAGGGGUUGCUCUACACCACAAAACUUGCUACACACUACUUCCGCCGCUUCCAGAAGCGGGAUGGUCGUAAAGACCGCUGUCUCAUCCUGAAGAGCAGUAUGGCUGGCUUCAUCGAUUGGCCAAAGGCGUUGCAGUAUCCUGCUUCGAAAGCCGCAGUGCGAAUGAUCAUGAAGUGUCUUCGCAGAACCGUGUGGAAGGACGGUAUCAGAGUCAAUGUUGUUGCACCUGCAUUUGUGGAUACUGGUAUCAUCCCUGAGCCAUUCAAGUCCAAACUCAUAGCAGCUGGAAUGCAGUUUGCAAGCAUCGAUGACGCGGUCAAAGCUGUACUCAGGAUAUCCUGCGAUCCUACGAUUCAUGGUCGCUCGCUUGCUGUCAUCCCCAGAGCCUUCUCACCAGAAGGCUAUGUUGAUUUGGAGUCGGAUGAUAUGGCACCGGGAGAUAAUCUGUAUGUCUUUGAGCAGAUGGCUUUGAGCAUGAAAGUUUGAGAAGGACUUAGUAUUUUUUGUAGUCAUGUAUUUAUGAUCAUGAUGGCGCUACCAAGUAUCACCAUCAAGAUUCAUGGCAGCAUUCAAUUUCCCGCCGGAGGUGUGCAACUGCCAGAUGCACCAAAAGAUGCGCCAUCACGAUGAUCUGAAAUUUCCUUCUUCUAGACUACAGAG